CCCAAGAUUAAGCGAUCCAAGGGUCGAUCAGAUACGAUGACAGAGGCUGUUGGCGAAGAUAUUUUAGAAGGUGUCGACGUAAGCCGUGAUAAACCUACAAACAAGAAAGCAGACCACCUACACUCAAUAGAGGACGAACACGCCCACAAACCCGARGCACUGAAUAAAAAGGCACUGGAUAUUAUAACAAGAGUACGCGAUAAGCUUACAGGUCGUGACUUUGCCAAGCGUAACACACUCGAAGUACCAUCGCAGGUCGAACUCCUUAUCAAGCAAGCCGUGUCACACGAAAACCUUUGYCAGUGUUACAUAGGAUGGUGUCCAUUCUGGUAACAUUUAUCUGAUCAAAAUCUCCCUAUUUGUGAUUUCACCAAAAAAGGACGCUGUCUCUACAUCCCGACAUCUCCGAUAUCACUAACAGCAAAGAUGUAGCAAUGGCAGUAGGAACAACAGAAACGAUUACAACAACACGAGCAACAGCAGCACUUGAAACAACAGCAGCAGCAUCAACUCGUUGUAGUUGUACUGUUGUUGUCUUUAUUUGCUGCUGUUGUCAAUUUUGAUGUCGUUGCUAUUGUUGUUGCUGCUGUUGUUGUAGUUGCUGUUGUCGCUAUUGUUGCUAUUGAUUUUGCUGUUGUUUUCCUUGCUGCUAAUGUUGCUCUGUCUUCUUGUGCUGUCGCUAUUGUACGUGUUGAGCUUUCUGCUGUUUCGCUGUUGUUGUUGCUGCUGCUGUCGCUAUUGUUGUUUGCUURUGUUGUCACUAUUGUACAUUUUGACCUCACUGCUAUGUUGUUGCUGUUGUUUCUGAUGCUGUUGUAGCUAAACCAAUAGGCUUAUUGUCACCUAAUAYUAUGUAAAAUAUCAAUUCCAGAAUAGAAAAUAAAAUACAAUACUAUUACUUA